UCACGCAUUCGUGACUUCCUCAACGUCUCUCCAGCUUUUGAUCAUGACAUCCAUAAGAGGUUGUGGUAAGCUUCUGUUGACUGGACUACACCCCAGGUUAUGUCUAGCAGCAACGGCUCUGCAGGCUCGAGGAGCAGCAGAAGCAACAUCAGCAAUGACACAGGUACAACCGCUCCCUGCCUCCCAAAUCCCGGGCCCCAGACGGUGGCCUGUGUUAAGGUCCCUGCCAGCAAUGUACCGUCACAGAUUAUUUGAAGCAGGUCAUCACAACACGAUUUGGGAAGCUUUGUGUGAGCAGUAUGGCCCUAUCUUCCGAGUGGACCUCCCUCGCCAGCCUCCCACGGUGUUCAUCACUGACGCAGAUGAGGUGUCACAUCUCCUAAACCAGACUGCCAAAAACCCUGUAAAGCCGCCAACUGAAGCUUUACGCCUGCUCAGGAAUUCUGACAAGAACAAGUUUGUACCUGAAGAGCUAGGGCUGUUAGUCGACAACGGAGAACAAUGGUGGAGGGUGAGACGACUCAUCCAGCCUCACGUUAUGAAGAUGAAUGUCCUCCACUACCAUCUUCCCCAAAUGGACCAGCUGGCCAAAAAAUUUGUGGAGAGGUUGUCAGGUCUACUGAAUGAGAAGCAUGAAGCCCCAGCUAAUUUUCUUCAAGAGCUCAACAAAUGCUUUUUGGAAGGUACAUCGUUGAUAUCAUUUGAUAAAUGGAUAGGAUGCAUGGAGGAGACGACAGAGGGCAAGGAGCUGAUUGAUGCAUUUCAAACUGUCCUGCAGAUUACAGUACAUCACCAAUUCAAUGCCCUUUUGAGGAUCUGGGAUUGGUUUUCUACCCCAACCUACAAAAGGUUGAAAAAGGCCCAUGAAGUAAUCCAGCAGUUUGCUGAAGAGGCCAUAAACAAGACCUUGACAACUAUAGAGAGGGAGAACAUCAGUAGUAACAUGGAGGAGGUGAGUCUGCUGACCAAGUUGCUACUGACUCCUGGCCUCAAGAGGACUGAUGUUUAUGCCUUCCUCGUGGACUUCACCAUUGCUGCUAUUGACAAUACCUCCAACACAGUCAGCAACACACUCUAUUGCUUGGCCACCAACCCAGACAUUCAACUGAAAGUCCACCAAGAGCUGGACGAGGUGGUGGGUAAAUCCUGUUCCACCCUCACCCAACACCAUCUGGCCAGACUCACUUACCUCAAGGCAACCAUCAAGGAAUCUCUAAGAUGUAUUCCUGUCUCUACAUUCCUUUUACGAAGUGCAGUGAAGGACAUUGUACUCUCAGGAUACUUGGUGCCUGAAGGGUUCAACGUGUCCGUCAUCUUGCAGCCUAUGGGAAUGAAUGAGAAAUACUUCCCCCAAGCUUCCCAGUUCCAACCUGAGCGGUGGUUGAGGGACCAGGGCAAGAACUAUCACAGUUACGCCUCCCUUCCUUUUGGGUUCGGCACCAGGAUGUGUAUUGGACGAAGGAUAGCUGAGCAGGAGAUGAACAUUUUCCUCUGUAGGUUGCUGCAGAAGUACCAGGUGGAGUGGAAGGAUGAAUCUCUCAACGCCAAGGGGACUCCUGUAAGUUCUUCACAUGAGGCGUUAAAAUUCACCUUCACAGAGCGUGCUUAAGGGCAUUCUCAUCUAGCUCAAAAUGGGCCGUAUGUUAACUACGAAGAGUCGCUCUUCACCGUCAAUUAUAUCUUCAUUGAAUGCUCCUAAGAAUAUUCAGUUUUGCCUCUGAAGAUGUCUUGAUUAAAGAUGAAAGUUCAGGUGCUCCAGUGUUUCCCUUUUCUGUGUGGUUUUACUGAGAUUUAUCUUGUCCACAUUUCACAGUAAAAAAGUAUCGAUUUGUAAUUUUACCAAAGAGAAAUCGGAAUGUCUCACACUUAAUAAUUCUACAUGCGCUCUCUCUCUCUCUCUCUCAUUCUGUCAAGGUCAGUAUCGUAUAUGCAAUAAGUAUGACCUAUAUUUAAGGAAUUACAGCAGUGUUAUGGAGAGGAUACAUCAUGAAGGACCAGGUUAAUUGUAUUAUAAUUGUUUUCUUUAUGACAUAAACCUAUUGUUGAGUGUAGUAUCUGAGUUAUUAUCUACUAAAAGAGUCAGUAUUAUUGUUGUGAUAUUAGACACGAGUGAGUCUCCCUGUAUAUCACAAUUGUUUCUUAAUUUGUGAUGUUAGUUCUUAACAUUAUAAGAAAUGAUAUAGGAAAGGGACUUUACACAAUGGAACAGAAGAAAACUGGGAGCCUUAAAUGGUGAUCCAUAACGAUUUAUACUUUACAACUGAGUAAUGCCAGUGUGUUGCUGUCUAGGAAACACUCUAGCCUUCAUCCUGGUGACACGUCCCCAGCGUCUUCACUAACACUGUUCCUCUAGUUUUAUCAUUAAUUUUAAUGGGUGAAAAUAAUCUUUUUAAAUGUCUUGUGUCAAAAUAAAUUUUUAUUAAUGGAAA